UCUUCCUUGCUCAAACACAUUACUCUCAUCACCCACAGGGUUAUAGUUAGAAGAAAAAUGGCGCGAAAUGCAUUAUCCUCUAUUACCACAUUUCACGUUUUAACCAUACUCCUCCUCUUGCUCCGAACAAUCGCCGCCGUUCAUGACUAUCACGAUGCUCUCCGUAAGAGCAUUCUCUUCUUCGAAGGACAACGCUCUGGCAAACUCCCGUCUGAUCAACGUCUCCAUUGGCGCCGUGACUCUGGAAUUCACGACGGUGCCACUGCCGGAGUGGACUUGACCGGAGGUUACUACGACGCCGGCGACAACAUAAAGUUCGGGUUUCCGAUGGCGUUUACAACGACGAUGUUAGCUUGGAGUGUGAUUGAUUUUGGAAGAGUAAUGGGACCUGAGCUAGGGAACGCGUUGAAAUCAGUGAGAUGGGGAACGGAUUAUCUUCUGAAAGCGACGUCAAAGAUAGGUUCCGGCGUGGUGUUCGUUCAAGUCGGUGAUCCUUUAUCGGACCAUAACUGUUGGGAGAGACCGGAAGAUAUGGAUACGUUACGCACAGUUUACAAGAUCGAUGGGUCGCAUCCAGGAUCUGACGUGGCAGGUGAAACCGCCGCUGCACUUGCCGCUGCUUCCAUCGUGUUCAGAUCACGUGAUCCUGCUUACUCUAAAUUGCUUCUCAAUCGUGCCGUUACGGUGUUUGAGUUUGCUGACAGACAUCGUGGUGCAUACAGUAACAGCCUACGCCGUGCAGUGUGCCCAUUUUACUGUGAUGUAAACGGUUAUCAGGAUGAGUUACUUUGGGCUGCAGCGUGGUUGCACAAGGCCUCGCGUAGACGUCUAUACAGAGAAUACAUUAUUCGUAACGAGGUUGUUUUGAGAGCUGGUGACACCAUUAAUGAGUUUGGUUGGGACAACAAGCAUGCUGGGAUUAAUGUCCUCAUUUCUAAGGAGGUGUUAAUGGGAAGAGCAAACUAUUUUUCUUCGUUCAAGCGAAACGCAGAUGAAUUUAUUUGUUCAACAUUGCCUGGAUUUUCUCACGCACAAGUUCAAUAUUCCCCAGGUGGGCUUAUCUUCAAGGCUGGUGGAAGUAACAUGCAACAUGUAACGUCCUUGUCCUUCCUGUUACUAGCUUAUUCCAAUUACCUAAGCCAUGCCAAUAAGGUUGUGCCAUGUGGUGACACCACUGCCACCCCUGCAUUACUCAAAAGCCUUGCCAAACGCCAGGUUAACUACAUUCUUGGGGAUAACCCGUUGGGAAUGUCCUACAUGGUUGGUUAUGGUGCACGCUACCCACGGAGGAUACACCAUAGAGGAAGCUCAAUUCCCUCAGUUUCAGCCCAUCCAGCCCACAUUGGAUGCAAAGCUGGUUCUCAGUAUUUCUUCAGCCCAAACCCUAACCCAAAUGUCUUGGUUGGAGCUGUAGUUGGUGGUCCUACCAACACUACAGAUUCGUUCCCUGAUUCCAGGCCUUUCUAUCAGCAGUCUGAGCCCACGACAUAUAUCAAUGCACCACUUGUGGGUCUGCUCGCUUUCUUUUCAGCUCAUCCUUGAUGUUGCAAAUGUAUAAUCUAUCUAAUAUAAUAUAUCUAUGUGGUGGGCAAAAUGGUCACCCUGUAUUGUUCUUGAGAAGGAAAAAGAAAAUGGGGAAAGAUGUGAGUUAUCAUGAUUUGAGGUUGUUUACUAGUUUCUAUCAAUUAAGUGUAGCAAAAUUGCAAUUUGUAUACUAAUUGAUGAUGAUUUUAUGAAGUGGCAAGUCCAUAUGAAAGUUAAUGA